AUGUCAAAGGAAGACGCAGCAGAAGCCGCUACGGCGGUUGGUGGCGGCGUGGACACUCAGACAGACGAAACGUCAGCGAAACUGUACGAUCUUGUAAAUUUGAAAGGAGGUGGUUCCUUGGUUGACUUGAUGAGAGAAGCUAGACGAUCCGACGACUACUCGAAAUUGGACGAAGCCAUUAAACGCGAAGUGCCAAAGUAUUUGUACAACGACGGGGACGGCGAAUACAUUCCGAUAAGCCAGCUUGUUACAAGAAGAAACAAAGAACGUCAGACGAAUAAGGUGAAAAAGAAGAAGCGUCGCCGUGGACAGAUCUCAAAUUCGGUGUCAAUGUUGACACUCGUUGAUCACAAUGGCGAUAGUGGAAGAAGAUUGGCAUGUUGGCAUAUUGACAAACGGGGCACUGUUGGGGAAACCAUUCUUCACCUGUGUCUGCUCCAAGGUUCUAAAAUCCACAAUGAACUAGCCCAGCGAUUGGUUAAUGAAUUUCCUAAGUUAGUCUAUGAUAUUUACAUAGGAGAGGAGUACUACGGUGAGUGGACAUGCGUGUUAAUUGCGGCUUUAUUAAUCUAUUGGGGUGAGUAUCCACUAUCCUUUGCUGCAUGUCUGGAGCAAGAAGAAAUAUUUAAGAUACUAAGAGAAGCUGGAGCUGACCCAAAAAGAAAAGACAAUAAUGGGAACACUGUGCUUCAUAUGAUGGUCAUACACAACAAGAAGAAUAUGUACGACCUUGCAUUUUCUAUGGGGGCUGAUACAUCUCUCUUGAACAGUCAAGAGUUGACUGCAUUAAAUCUUGCUGCUAAACUGGGAAGAAAGGAGAUGUUUGAUCAUGCUCUGGAACUGGAAAGGCAGGUGUACUGGAUAUAUGGCAACGUCACAUGUGCAGCGUAUGGAUUGAGUGGUCUGGAUAGUAUUGAUAAAAUUGGCAAUAUUAAUGAGAAAUCCAUUCUACAUUUAGUUGUUAAUCAGGAGGGAAUGGAGCAUUUGGAUAUGAUGGAUGGUUUGAUUGUGUAUAUAUUACGUGAGAAGUGGAAAUCAUAUGCUAGAUAUCGCUUCUUACGAAGAGCAGCCUUUUUUCUCCUCUAUCUUCUGCUGGUUACCAUAGCUUUUUACCUCAGGCCUGGAGCGGAUCUUAACCCUACGAUCAUUGAAGUGAACACCACAGUAAAUGGAAAUUAUGAAAUGGUUAAUCAGACAAUCUACGACGAUUGUUAUCUACAAAAUAUCAAUGGAACAAUGAACAUAGCACGUCUUGUUUUUGAAGUAUUAUCUUUGAUUGGUGCUCUGACUUUUAUCAUCUAUUUCUUGAAAGAAAUUUAUUACCAGGGAAUGAGAAACUUUCUUUGGACUUUAAGGAGUGCUCCCGCCAAAACUAUAUUUUUGGUGUCAUUAUUCUUCCUGUUUCUCUCGAUACCGGGUCGUAUUUGGUGCGUACCAAUCUACGAAGACACCAUGUUUAUUCUUGCCAUGCUCACAACAUGUCCAUACUUCUUAUUCUUCCUCAGACCGUUUAAAUUGGUUGGGCCUUUUGUCGUUAUGAUCUACAAAAUGAUAAAAGGUGAUCUUCUGAAAUUCACUGCAAUUUACGUCGUCUUUCUGAUUGGAUUCUCUCAAGCUAUGUACCUUGUAUUUAUUGGAACACCAAACAGUCUAUUCACUGAUCCUGCCAAUUCCAUAUUGGGGAUGUUUAUUAUGUCUCUUGGAGAGUUCGCAGAUAUCUACGAGUCAUUUGAUGACACAAGGCAUCCUAAUAUGGGAAAGUUCUUGUUUGUUCUUUAUAUGGUAUUGGUAACAUUACUACUUAUUAAUAUGUUGAUCGCUAUGAUGGGAAAUACAUAUACAACGGUCGCCGAAACUAGAAAAGAAUGGUUACGACAGUGGGCCAGGAUAGUUCUGGUGAUUGAGCAAGCAGUGUCACCUGGCAAGAGAAUCAAGAUGCAAAUGCAGUAUUCUCAACCAACGAGCAAGGAAGGUGAAAGAGCCAUACUCAUGAGGUGGCAUCACACGAAAGAUGAUGAAGUGGAACAAAAGAAAAUACGUGAAUUACAUGACAAACACACUGACCCAAAUAAAUUCCCAGUCAGAGAUUCAAGCUGGCAGGACAGUGAAGAUCAUGAUCUGACUGCAACUUCAGUAAUUAAAAGUCCGUAACCACAAAUUAU